CAGACUGAGCGACACUUUACGGCAGUGCCGUGACGCGUCUCUGCCGUUACCGACCGGCUGAGAGAGAAACGCAGCGAGAAGAUAAAGCAAUAGUCAUUAUCGAUCACACCUGAAUCACUUAAAACCACUGGCGUCCUCACGGUAAACACAUUAUCCCCUCAAUAGGAAACUAGAUGUGGAGACGGGGCUGAAAGAAGGAGCUUCGCCAGGGAAGGCAUCUAGCCGAGGGACCGAGCUCGUUAAGUAGCCUAGUGCCUCCCGAGCGGCUCCAGGAGGAGAUCAACAAUAGUGAACAUGGACUAUGACUUCAAAGUGAAGUUGACCGGCGAGAGAGAACGGGUGGAGGACCUGUUCGAGUACGAAGGGUGUAAGGUGGGAAGGGGCACCUACGGACAUGUGUACAAAGCCAAGAGAAAGGAUGGGAAGGAUGAUAAGGAUUACGCCCUGAAGCAGAUUGAAGGCACUGGCAUCUCGAUGUCGGCCUGCAGAGAGAUAGCACUUCUCCGGGAGCUGAAGCAUCCCAACGUCAUCUCCCUGCAGAAGGUGUUCCUGUCGCACGCCGACCGAAAGGUGUGGCUCCUGUUCGACUACGCGGAGCACGACCUGUGGCACAUAAUCAAGUUCCACAGAGCGUCCAAGGCCAACAAGAAGCCCCUGCAGUUACCGAGGGGCAUGGUGAAGUCCCUGCUCUACCAGAUCUUGGACGGCAUCCAUUACCUCCACGCCAACUGGGUGCUCCACAGAGAUCUGAAACCUGCCAACAUCUUGGUGAUGGGGGAGGGGCCAGAGCGGGGCCGGGUGAAGAUUGCCGACAUGGGCUUUGCACGUCUUUUCAAUUCACCACUAAAGCCUUUAGCUGACUUGGACCCUGUGGUGGUCACGUUCUGGUACAGAGCUCCAGAACUACUGCUGGGGGCCCGGCACUACACAAAAGCCAUCGACAUCUGGGCCAUCGGCUGCAUCUUCGCUGAGCUCCUGACGUCCGAGCCCAUCUUCCACUGCCGGCAGGAGGACAUCAAGACCAGCAACCCGUACCACCACGACCAGUUGGACCGCAUCUUCAACGUCAUGGGCUUCCCCGCCGAAAAGGACUGGGAAGACAUCAAGAAGAUGCCAGAGCACUCUACUCUGAUGAAGGACUUUAGGAGAAACACAUACACAAAUUGUAGCCUUAUAAAAUACAUGGAGAAACACAAAGUCAAACCAGACAGCAAAGCAUUCCAUUUGCUUCAGAAAUUGCUGACCAUGGACCCCAUCCGUAGGAUCACGUCUGAGCAGGCCAUGCAGGACCCCUACUUCCUGGAGGAACCCCUGCCCACCUCUGAUGUGUUCGCAGGCUGCCAGAUCCCCUACCCCAAGAGGGAGUUCCUGACAGAGGAGGAGCCGGAGGACAAGGCCGACAAAGUCAGAAAUAAAAACCAGCAGCAGCAGCAGGGCAACAACCACACCAACGGGGCGGGGCACACGGGUAACCCUGACAACAGCCACACCCAGGGCCCACCUCUGAAGAAGGUGCGAGUGGUGCCGCCCACCACGACCUCGGGUGGUCUCAUCAUGACCUCAGACUACCAGCGCUCAAAUCCACAUGCUGCCUACCAGAACCCAGGACCAAGCACAUCACUGCCCCAGAGCGGCAUGGGGUAUUCCUCUACCUCCCAGCAGCCGCCGCAGUACUCCCACCAGACCCACCGCUACUGACAGCCCCAUCCUCCCCUCCUCCCCCACCCCACCUCACACACACCCUCUCAAGGAGAAUGUAGGGUGAGGUGGAGGUGUCGCCCCCCCCCCCCCGGGCUAACGAACCAGACCCUCCCCUACACCACGCACCCGCCACCCCGUCUCAGGAGAGCUCCUGGCAGGAGGAACAAGGAGUGACCGAAGAGAAGAACAUAACCCAUGCCUUCCUCCCGUCUCCCCUUGUCUGCUGACCAGUGGAUCAUUGCCCCAUGCGCCACACCAGAGUGUUCUGCCUGGUGUGUUUUUAGUGGACUACCGUUGAUUUGGUCUGCCUGAAAACCUGACAAACUUAAUAAAUAAAUAAAUAAAGAGGGACGUCCCGGACUCUGGAUGAAAGUGAGAGGACACUGAAUGCUGCUAGUGGCAGCCAGUGAUGACCCUCUCCGUCCGUCUGUCUGUCUGUCGUAGCUCAGUCCUUCUGUUUUCUGUAGGUCUGACCUUUUUAUUUUAUAUGUAGGUCGGUCUAUCAGUAGGACAUGGCUCCUGUAAAGGUCAAUCAUGCUUUCAGUUUAUAUAGCACAGUCUAUCUGUAGUACAGUCUAACUUUCUGUUUAUAAGUAGGUCUGUCCUACUGUGUGUGUGUGUGUGUGUGUGUGUGUGUGUGUGUGUGUGUGUGUGUGUGUGUGUGUGUGGCCACCUUAAGGCCUUAUCAGAGGGCCAGUGCUGGGAGGCUGAGCACAGAGCCUGAGCUGGGAGGCUGAGGAGCACCACAAUGGGCCGCUGCGUCUGUCAAGGAUGGAAAGAUUCAACAAUUAUUUUAGUUUAUAAUUUAAUAUUUUUCCAUGGUUUUGUUUUCAUGGAAUGAACCGACACAUCACGCCGGGGACGACAGACGGAUUCUAGUGUAUUGUACUGAGCUAUUAUACACAAUGCAGUUAUGUUGACAUUAAAUAUGGAAACAUG